AUGCCGCCAAUAAGCCGAAAUCCUAUCUCUUUCAUCAAGUCCGAGCAAGCCCACCUAAAUCAUGAGAUCUUUCUCGCUCGUGGCGCUGAACGAUAUCUGGAAGCCAGCUUCGACAUUCUGGAAUUCACUCUUACCGCGAUUAACGAGGAAACCCGCUUAGAGCGUGAGCUUUACCUCGUCAGUAGUGUUAAACAAUACCUACAAGACAAUACCAUCACUCUGGAAGCCAAUUUUGGCUCCACAAAAGAGGAAACAAGCCAGUAG